CAAGUGGAUCCGCCGGAGGCAGCUGUGUGAACAUGUGGAUUCAGCUGGUUGACCCACUAUGCAUGUGAGACAUGGCCAACAAGGCCCAGUGGGAUAGGUCAACGAGCAGCAUGGAGCCAACAGCCGGCUGCUCCCCGACAGUUUCAGAGGCGGAGUUGUACCGCAGCAUCCAGGCUUUGCUGCCCAGGGAGACAGACAAUCAGCCGCCAAUAGACUGUUUCAACAAAGGCAUGCUGAGGUGGACGCUUCAUAAGAAGGUUCAAAACAAUCCUGCCAACAGCUUGUCUCUGGUGUGGGUGCUCAUUAAGGAAUUGGAAAAGGCCGAACGAUGGGAUUCUCGCAAAUGCAUCAUCCCUCUGCUCCACACUCUCAUGUAUGCCAUCGUCCAGACAGCCUACAUUCCUGAUGAGCUCUACAAACGGGUUUACGACUUUUGCAAGAGACUCAUGACGUACCCUCACCCUUACUGCUCCGUAGGCCUCAGCUACACGAGGCAAAUAAAAACUGAACGCUCCACUCCAGGUCUGAUGUACCAGAGGAUGGUCACAGCCGAGCAGGGGCUUAAAAACGAGCACCAUCCCAUUCAGGAGAGAGUUUUUGUUUUGGCCGACCCAGACGUCUUCUCUGGUUCCCUGGGACAAGUCCUGCUGGAGGACAUUGAGGCGUCUGCGUCCGCCUCAGGUGGAUUUAUCAGUCCUGUAGAUCUCAUGCGCGGCGUGGUCCAACACUCCCUCCAGGCUGCUUUGGGCCCCGAAGGGUGCCACGGGCCGAAACUGGCUCAGGCCCUGAAGGACAUGGGCCAAGACAUUGAGCCGUACUUUCAGGAAACGCUGGCGACUCUAGAGCAGAGCGCGGAGGAUGGUGGCAAAGGGGAGAAGGGAGCGCUGAGAGGCCGUCUCCUGGAGCUGUACAACGAGAUCCUCACCCACACAGCCUCAGAACCAUUGCCCGGAGAUUCGCUGUGUGACUGCCCUCUUCCUAACCCAGAGAUGAGCUUCCACCUGUGGACGGAGGAACUGGAUAUCUGGCGAGAGCUGGGCAAGUGGUUUCGAUCCAGCUCCUCCUUGGAGCAGUUCUCCCUCAGCCAGGAGCAGGAGGACUUUGACCUGGGGGAGGCGCUAAGCGACCUGAUGACAUCGGACGUGACUCGUUUCUCCAUCCUGUCCAAUGACAGCGGCAUCGAGAGAGACCUGCCCCCCGGCUCGGACCCCUCGCCGACAUCAUCUAUGGACACUGCCAGCCUGAGUGCAUCAGGGGAACAAUGCAAAAGUGAGCAAGAGUCAGGACGGCUGUCACGCCGCAAGGCCUUCAAGAUGAAACCUACAAUCAAGGACAGUAUGGUGCUGAUGCAGGACACGCUGGAGGAGCUCGCCAGUAUAGAUGGAGGAGGGAGGGGAGGAAGAACAGGGGUGACUCUACAGAGGCGGGCGGGGAGCUCGGCGAUGCAGAGCCCCUCCACCAAGCAGCAGAGACACUUAACUGCCAGACUAGUCGCCAUGGGAGAUGACAGAGUACUGGGCCGACUGGCCAAGGCCUACUAUGUCUUCAGGAAAAGGGAAGCGCGCCGGCUUUUUCUCACAAUGAAAGUCAACCUCCAGUUUUACUACAUCCCUGUUUGCAAGACUCCGACUCACAUCUCCUCUGUCAAGGAAAACCACUCCAUCGGUCCCUUCCUGGGGAAUCCCUGCUCUCUCGGUUCUUACCUGAGCACGGUGGACCCAUGGUACAACUGUAACAUCAAGAGUUUAGGCUCCAUGAUCCCCAAACUGGCUAAAAUGCAACAGGCGAACCCAGGGAGGCCAAAAGAGCCCUUCAUCUCUGAUGUCAUUUCCUACUACGUGCGCUCCGGCCAGCAGCCUGUCUACUUCAACAUCUAUUUUGUUAAGCUCACGUUCACGGGCAUGACCAGGGAGCCGGUUGAAGACGUGUUCCUCACCCACCUGCAGGUGGAGUUUCCUGAGUUCAGACAGGUCUCGGCCUCAAUCCGAGAUAAACCGAGGAGGGGCUCGGGGGAGUUCUUGGGAGCUGUUGUCUCCAUGAAAUACAAAAAGGUGACAUUAAGCGGCAGAGACGUUGACAAAGGAAUCUCUGUUAGGACGUCAGGAGCUCAGAUCAGUGCUAUUCCCUCUAGUGAAGCAGAAGAUCUGAACUGUUUGACUCUGACGAUGAAUGAAUCUACAACCAAAACUAAAAACAGCAGUGUGUCAAAGAUUCGGGCCAGUAACAUCAAGAUUCACUCGUUGGAGAGUCGAUCUUUCACCAUCACACUGGACAGAGACUCUCAACGGACGUACAAAGACGUGCAGAGCAUCGCGAUCUCCCCGUGUCUGGAUCCCGGAUACUGUGUCCAGAAAACCAUCAGGUCCAAGUUCAGGCUGGGAGAGGACAAAAACGCCGGACUGAGCAAAUACAUGAGCAAAGGACUCCAUCUACCAAUCAACACGUUUGCUGGAAUCAUCAACUGACACGACGGUCGCGCAGAAACUUGAGAAUCGUGGUCAUCCAAGCUGUAUGAAGACUUACUGACACACAGACAGACAGAAGACCUACUGCACUGGAGUCAGUGGCAGCUGUGUGAUCACGCUGAAGGCUACGACUGAACUCAACAGUCACUCAAACAGUGUUUUUACCCUUUGUGAGGAAACCACUGUGCGUACUUUAAGACAGAAAGUCAGUAUAUGCAGAUUGGAAUCAUGCAAUCAGAGCAAUAUUGCAAGUUACACUGCAGAGAGAAAAACACAAGCAAAGACCAUGGACUACACAGUCUAUGGCAAAGACAUGCUUUGCAUCCAGUGAUGAUUUCGGGGCUGGUGAUGAUUGGUUGAUAUAAUCAUGUGACAUGAUCCUUUAAACUCUGUUGACAGUCUGGAAAGAUUGAGGUUGAGUGUAACAGUUGUUUAACUUACAUAGACACACUACCUUUUACUGUCUCCUUAGCACAUGCACACACAGACACACACACACACACACCUACUGUACAUGCACUUACAUGCGUACACUUACACAGAAGAAUGUGGAAAUACAGACACGCCUGCUGUCAGAUAUUGAUCCAUCCGGAUUGUUGAUGGACUGGUACGAUGACAGCUGGCACAUCACUGUCAGAGUUGUUUUUGCAUUAUCGUUCAGAUUGCUUGUUAUUCCCACAGCUUGUCACAUACUGCCAGCUGACCGACGCCAUUCUUGGGUUGAGUGUUUGGAAAAGUUCCAGAAACUUUCCAGCACCACACAAUACCGAGAGCAGAAGCUAGAACCAUGUGCAAUGUCCGGCAUUCAGAGAAAAGGAGCAACUUUAUUGUUUGACAGUAUCAGAGACGUGUGGAUAUUACACAGAUCAAGCCAAAGAGGGGGGAUGAUAGACUUCAUGUUAAUCCCUCAUUCACUCCAUGUGGUUUAUUUCACAAGUUUGCUAAUCUUGAUCUAUUUGCACUAAAUUCGUAUUUUUUUAUCGUUUCCUUGUGAAAGAGGAACAGCUGUGAGUAAAGUAAUACGACUUAUGAUUAACGUGUUGUUCUAUAUAUAUAUAUGUCAGGAUUAUGAAAACUUCCCAAAAACAUAGUUAUGAUAAGAUAACCCUCUGACUUUAGAGGAUCUGCCACAACUAUUUGUUAAGUUUUGAGUUAUUGAUGGAAAACGGUCUUCUGUGUUUUGUGUGUGACUUUAUCAGCCAAAACAAUUUACUCAGGAGCCUUUGUUUAAAGCAUCCUCUGAGAUCAGGUAUUAUCUCAGAGAUUGUAAAGACUGGAAGUGAUGUGUUAUUGGUGCAUGACAUCACAAAAUGUAAUCAUGUGAGCCUGUGUGUCUGUGUCUCCUCUAGCCUGGAAGGGUUAAAAUCACGAGUUGUGAAUUCAUUAACAAUUUUGCACAUUAGUUUCAUAUAUAAUAUAUAUGAAUUUCUGAUAUUUUCACAUCUUAUAUAUGUAUGGAGAGGAU